AUGGCUAGUACUGGAAUAUCAACUCUUUUAAACAUGUUAUUUAGUAGUCAUUUUCGAAUGGAUGCUGGUAGUUUUACAAAAGGUUUAUAUGCAGCACUAUUUAAAACAAAACAUCCAAAAGCGAAUGCAUUACUUGUACUUGAUACAGAAGGACUUUUAUCUAUUGAAAAACCAAAUGAAGAAUAUCAUAAAAAAUUAACCUUCUUUGCAAUGGUUCGCAAAUAG